AUGGCUGCCACUCUGAAUGGCUGUUCUGGAACUACGCUGACGAUUGAUGAAUCCUCGACAGGCGGGGCGUACACCUCUGCCCCUGAUACACCGUCUCCUAUCUUCCCUGAGCGGCUCAUCCGUCCACUGCCAAAACGGCCUCUGCGCUCUCGGCUUUCCUCAGAUGCUGCAGACACUAUCCUUUACCCACCGUCACAGCCAACCACACAGCUUUUCUACGGUGCAUACUCGACCACGGGUGAUUCCCUCAACGAUGCAAAGGUCUAUGUGCAGCGUAACGUCUACGGGUACGAGCAUAACGCCGAUGAUGACGGAGAUCAUGACCAUGAUGCUCACCACCACCACCACCAUCACCACCACCAUCAUCACCACGAUCACCACCAUGAUCAUGAUCAUGAUCAUGACCACGACCACGAUCACGACCAUGACCACCAUCACUACGAAGACGGUGCAGAGUCUGGCGAAGAUGACGGUCCAGUGGCUGUUAGGAGAAGUGUAGGGCUUCAACGAGCCUCCGCACCACCUACAGUGGGGAGUGCAAAAGUGGCCUCGAAUGGUGCCCAGGACGGAUACGAUGCAUUUGAAAAUACAAAUAAUAAGAAGAAAAGGAAAAUACCUACAUCUGGGGGGCUAGGGUGUCACUCUAGCCUCUCUUCUGAUAUUGCCAGUCUCUCCUGCAGUGGGGGGAGCGGUGCUUCAAUCUCGGUGGACGACGGUAGCGGACAGGGUUCCUAUUAUGGUUCCGGCAAUCCUGCCUCUCCCGUUGGAACUUCUGGUAUGUCGGGUAAAGGACGGUACGGCCGGAAUGGCCCUGGUCGCGGUGCUUCUGCCAGGCAGCCUCUUGCUGCCCAUUCGCCCAAUACAUGGUCGACCGGGAGGCGUCAUGAUAGCGCCCUUUCUCAGGAAAACUUUGAACCAGGCAAAGAUCAAGGAAUAAUUUCUGCUGCAAUAGCCAAUGCUGCCGCUGCCCUGUCGUCCAAUCCUCAAGGCCAAAAGAAUGUCAGUUUACUCGACCAGACAAAACGGUCAGCUCCUGCAAAAACGCAAUUCACGUUUACCUGCGAGUCGGACUCUUCACGGGGUAUGGCGUGGCAGUCCGCACAUCCUUACUCGCUUCCCGAACAUCACCGAUCCGUCACUCAACCUCCCUUGCCUGGCCAACGAGGCUUCUCCACCCAGGGCACUCAGACCAGUCCCAACAUGGCCACCCAGGCAAACCACCAGCAGCAGCAGCAGGCCCGCCAACAGCAGCAGCAACAACAACAACAGCAACAGCCGCCGGGGCAGGCUCAGGCCCCUGCUCCACCGCCUCGGAAACCUCGCAGGUCAGCUCGUGCAAUAUAUACACAAGCUGCUCGCCAGCGGCGCAUUCAACAGCAGAUUACCAAUCUUCACCAUCCGCCUGACCUCGAGAGCAUCUGGAUAUGUGAAUUUUGCGAGUAUGAAAGCAUCUUUGGCCAUCCUCCCGAGGCUCUUAUCCGACAAUACGAAAUAAAAGACCGGAAGGAGCGCAGAAGAUUAGCUGAGAAGCGCCGUUUGCUUGAGAAGGCCAAGAUGAAGGGCCGAAAGGGGAAGAAGGGAAGCAAGAAUGCUGCAAAACAUCAGAAUACGGCCGCAGCCCAUGGUCAAGGACACGUCCAGGCUCACGGUCAAGCUCAUGGUCACGCGGAUCGAGCUCCUCACCCCAAUGACCAGAGUAUUCCCCCCGACCUCGAAGAGUAUGAUGAAGAGUAUGAAGAUGAUGGACAUGAAGAUAUACCCACCGACGCGGCGCCUCGCAUUCCACCUUCAAUUCCAAAGCAGCAUCAUCCUCCCUCCCCACCAAAUUCGGUGCAAGAUAGUAUUGGCGGCGGUGGUGGUACUGGUGGGCAGUCAGUCUGUUUUAUGUCUCUCUCCUCUCUCUGUCAAUCUUUCUGUAUGUGUUCAUUUUCCCCUCCCUUUUUCUUCCCAAGUUUACAUCCUGAUGCAUCCCUUAUCCACCAUUAUUCAUAA